AUGUCCCCAUAUCAGCUGGUGUACGGUAAAGCCUGUCACUUACCACUAGAGCUAGAACACAAAGCUUUAUGGGCUAUCAAGAUACUAAAUUUUGAUAGCAUUGCUGCUGGUGCAAAGAGAAUCUUGCAGCUGCAAGAGAUGGAGGAAUUCAGGUCACAAGCCUAUGAGAAUACCAAGAUGUACAAGGAGAACGCAAAGAGAAGACAUGACUCACAUCUUGCACCCAGAAGUUUCGAAAGGGGGCUGCGAGUGCUCCUAUACAAUUCCAAACUAAGACUGUUCCCAGGAAUACUCAAAUCAAGGUAG